AGUAUGUGUGUGUUAAAGAGAGAGAGAGCGUGCGUAAGAGAGAGUGACUGAGGAGUGUGCAAGAGAGAGAGAGAAAGCUGCCAUCAUAUGACACUGACUGAGCCAAGUUGAGAAGCAAACUGCUGCAAAGGGAGAGACACGGAGAGGGGGAAAGAAAAGAGAAAUGAGUGGAUAGAAGAGAAGUUGACAAGCAGAAGAAGAACAGAUAAACCCACAGAAGAGUGAAAGCGUCCACCUGCGGCUAGGAGAAAACUCAAAGAUGGAUGCUAAUGAAUCAGCGCCGCCACCCAUAGCCCCUCCGGAGGACGUCAACAAACUGAGUUUCUGGAUGCCUGGGAACUACCAGCGCACAGUGCAGAGGACCCCGGACUCAUUCCAGGCGUGUAAUGACCUCGUGGCCUGCUUCCAGGAGCGUGCCCGUGUGGAGAAGCAGUACGCCCAGCAGCUCAGCGUCUGGAGCAGCAAAUGGAAGAACAUCUCUGAGACGAGGCCUCUGUAUGGCUCCCUCAUGCGGGCCUGGCAGUGUUUCUUCACUUCCACCGAGCGUCUCUCCGUCCUGCAUUCCAGCAUCUCUCAGUCGCUCGUGGCUGAGGAAGGGGACCGCGUGCGCACCUGGCAGAAGGACACCUUCCCACGCAAGGUGUUCCACGGCUUCCGCGAGGCGCACGACUUAGAGACAGAGUUCUCGCGUGCUCAAAAGCCAUGGGCCAAAAAGCUGAAGAAACUGGAGCAGGCACGUGCAGUCUUCAACAAGGCCAGCCAGCGCGAGCAGACUGCCAUUGAGCGCGAGAAGGCGGCCAAGGAGAACCCUGCUCUGAGUGAACAGAAACUCAACAAGAUCGUCAAGGCCACGGAGAAAGACAGCGAGGAGAAGGAGAAGGCCCGUGAGAAGUAUGAGAAAGUUCUGGAAGAUGUGACCUCGUACGCCCCUCGCUACAUGGAGGAGAUGGAGGCUAUUUUUGACAAGUCACAAGAGGAGGAGAGGAAACGCAUCAGCUUUCUCAAACAGGCCUUCCUGUCAAUACACCGUCAUCUGGACGUCACCAACAAUGAGAGUGUGAAGGCUGUGUACAGUGAGAUGCACCAUACGCUGAUGUCAAUAAGUGAGCCAGAUGAUCUGCGUUGGUGGAAGAAUAAUCACGGUCCUGGCAUGCCCACCGACUGGCCCAGCCUACAGGAGUGGAUUCCUCCUCUGCGCAAACCAAAGCGUGGCAAGAAACCUAAGCGAGGACUAGAGGAGAGAACAGUGAUGAUUGGAGGGGUGAAAGUCCGGGCUCUGUAUGAUUACGUUGGAGAAGAAGAAGAUGAGCUCUCCUUCAAAGCAGGUGAGCUGUUCCUGAAGAUCGAGGAGGAGGACGACCAGGGCUGGGGCAGAGGCAUGAAGGAGGGCGGUGUGGAGGGAUUCUAUCCAGCCCAUUACGUUGAGCUCACAGACUGACCUCCAGCCCAGUAGGGGAGCCAGAGGGCUCAGAUGCAGCUGCUCCCGAUGUUACCGUAGCAACCAGGAAUAAAGAAUGUGGACAGCUGAUUGUCUGCACCACUGUGCCUGGAGCCCCAGAAAACCCUUGAAGUAUAUUUCCCCCUCUCACAUGAGAGUAAUGCAUUAAUAUUAACCAAAAAUAGGUUUACACCUGGAGGUUUGAAAACAAUGCAGCAUUUAUUCAUUUCAUUUUUUCUGAAUGCAAUUUAACUGUAUUCAAAAUUUCUAAAUACAUAUAUAUAGAGUUUCUAAUUAAACCUAGUUUGGGUUUGAACAGUCUAAUUUGUCCCCGGUCAGUUGCAGAUGUUUACAGAUGCUGAAGAAUGGAAGGCUAGAGAGUACUAGCUGAAUCCCAAACAAAACGAUGUAUCUAUGUGAAACAAAUCAUAUGAUUUUCCUGUGUAUUUUAAAGACACAAAUGUGACACUUAAAAAACAAUGUCAGCCAGGUGACAUGGACUGUGUAUUUACAUCAGACUUUAGUGGUGCCUGUCCCUGUAGUCCAGACACAGUGGUGAAUACUGAGAACUACAGAACACUUGUUCCAGACCACGUCUAGUUCCUUCCUCAUCGUACUGACGUCAUCGCACAGAGGCCACAUGGAAUGUCUUCAGCAGAUGUGAGGUGCUGUGUGAAUGCCGCUGGGAGCAGUGCUCUCCUGUUACAUCUACAAAAUAAAAAACACUAAAGAGUA